UUCUGAAAACCAUGUUUUUGUGGUAACCAUGGUUUUACUACAGUAACAGUGUUAUUUUAGUUCUUACUGUAGUAAAACUAUUGUUAAUUUUCGUGAGGGAUGUUUUACCCAAUGAUAACAGACAGGGAUGUUCAAAUAUCAUUUGCAGUAUAACUUCCUUUUAAACAUUUUCUUUAUAAAUAACUUUCCUGUGCAUUAUGAUCUCAUCACACCUGACAUUUUAUUACAACCUUACUUGGAAAGCAUUGAAAAGAGGAAACGCUGGGUGAAGGGUCCAAAGGGCACACAAAGGUGUGGUAGAUACAUGUGUCUCGUUGAGCACACAGGAAACCAGAAGAUAAAGCUAUAUUAGUAGUAUAUGUAAAAAUCCACUUGCGCUUUCUAUUAUAUUUUGAUUGAACAACGAUAAGAUGACCAACUGGAAACUGAUUUUUUGCAGCCUAUAUUUAAUAUCAGUGAUGUCUACUGCUUUUGGAUUGGAAGUGAAGAUGAGUGAAGCAUCCCUUGAGGUUGCACGGGGUGAUGAUGUCACCCUUACAUGUAAUUUUAAACCGAAAAAUCCAGACAAUUCUCUUAUUAUCAUCACAUGGAUGGGAGAUGAUGAUGGGACUUUACCAAAGGUUGUUAUUGGGACCUAUUACUCUGAAAAGAACUUAGUAGACAUCGGAUCACAGUAUCAAGGAAAAGCUUCCAUAGAGACCAACCUUAUCACUCGACAGUCAAUGCUGACACUAAAACAAGUUUCAAGCAAGGAAAGCAGACCAAUCAGAUGUUAUGUUCAGAUUCCUAUGGACAACGAGGGUCAGACAGCUGACACAACCCUUCUUUUGGUUCAGGUUCCACCAUCACAACCCAUCUGUAAGAUAGUAGGCACACCAGAAUACGGAAACAAUAUCAGCUUAACCUGUUUCUCUGAGGAGGGCUCUCCAACACCUACGUAUAAAUGGGAGAGAUACGAUGUCAAAAAUGCCCCUCGACCCUUUCCUCCUAAAACCACUGAAAAGGAUGGCGUUCUGUCUCUGUUCAAUGCAUCCAUGGAGAUGUCAGGGUUUUAUGUCUGUUUGUCAAGCAAUAAGGUUGGAUCAGCCAAAUGUAACCUCACCCUGUCCGUAAUGCCUCCUUCUAUGAAUCUUGCUUCCACAAUAGGCAUCAUAGGUGGUUGUGUUGCUGGAAUUGUAUUACUUAUAAUAGUCAUCUGUUGCUGUUGUCGCAAACGUAAACAGAAGCCAGAGGAGAUUCAUAUGGGAACUCCAGAAGUGGAAUUCCAUGACGUACCACAACUAGCUUUAGUUGAAGAAGAGUGUGAAGAUAAAACAAAGGAGAACACUGAUGAGAGGAUUUUGCCCAAAGUUUAUACUGAUGAGCUUAGAAAUCACCAUGAUGACCGCAAGGGAAGUCGCGAUGACCUCAGCAAUCGCUACGAUGACCGCAAGGGAAGUCGCGAUGACCUCAGCAAUCGCUACGAUGACCGCAAGGGAAGCCGUGAUAACCUCAGAGAUGAGUAUGACGAACGCAGAGGUAGUCGUGACAAUCUCAAAGAUUCCUAUGAUUACCGUAAAGGUAGUCGUGAUGACCUCAGAGAUUCCUACGAUUACCGUAAAGGUAGCCGUGAUGACCUCAGAGAUUCCUACGAUUACCGUAAAGGUAGCCGUGAUGACCUCAGAGAUCGCUAUGAUGAACGUAAGGGUAGCCGUGAUGACCUCAGAGAUCGGUAUGAUGAACGUAAAGGUAGCCGUGAUGACCUCAGAGAUCGGUACGAUGAACGUAAGGGUAGCCGUGAUGACCUCAGAGAUCGGUAUGAUGACCGCAGAGGUAGCCGUGAUGACCUCAGUGAUCGGUAUGAUCAAAGAGAUCGCUACAAGUAACUUUUCAAGUUAGUAAUUUGGUAAUGAACUGUAACCAUGGAAUCAUUUAUUCUGGUGACUAAUCUUUUAUUAUGAUCUGCCGUUUCGCUAGAUAGUAAACUGUGUUGGUGUAUGAAUCAUAAGGCUUGUUAGUUAGGCCUAUAAGGUGAAAUAAUUAAAUUAUAUUUUUUAAUUAUUGUAAAUAUCUUCUGAUUUGGUUCAUGAGGCUGGUUAAGCAAUUUGUUUAAAUCCAACAGUUAAACCUCAUAAUGUUGUGUACUUUGACAAUUCGUUUUUAAAAAUAUUUUUUAGCCUGUAUAUUUUUAUAUGUUACAAAUUUUACAGUUGCUUUAAAGCUUAUUAAGACUUAAAAAUUGUAAUGAAAUUAUUAACAAAUGCAUACAUAUGAUAAAUU